GAGAGUUUGGUCAGUGCCUUGACUGUUCACCCAUGAACAUGUUGGCAAGACUGAGGAGUCUAUUUGGAAGAGAUAAUGGAGAGGACAGAAAGACCAGAGAGAGGCAAAGCAAACUGGCCUUCAGCCUCCAUGUAAAACAUCAAGAACGAAAUGGUCCAGAGGAUGGUGCAGGGCCUCCAGGGAGCCAUUGUCCACCCCAACCCUCCUCACCAAGAAGCAGGAGAUGCAGAAGGUGGAGAGUCCGACCACUCAGCUACAGCUGAAUCAGACAAUGGAAUGAACUGAGAAAUCAUUUCAUUUUAGUAACUGAAAGAUACUUGGACAAUAGGCCCUAUCACAGGCCAAAUCCUUUCUAUGAGAAGCUCAAAAUGGAGCAAAAGCAGGCCAUGUCAGAUCUGCAGAGAUUGGACAAUGAGAACUCGGCAGCCUCACAGAAGAUCAGUGAUGUGACCGAGGAGAAGAGCUUUUAUUUUGAUCUGGAGAGCCGGCUCCUGAUGGGGCAGAGUCAGCUGAAGAAGAAGGUGGACAUGCUGAGGCAGGAGAACAAGAAACUGCUGGAGGAUUGGGUCCUGCUGAAGCAACACUUGGGGAACAUGAAAUUGCUCAUUAAGGACCAUGAAGAGACCAGAGGCCUCCAGAACCAGCAACAGCAGCAUGAUAUUCUCACUCCAGUCCAGUGCUGAAGCUACUGCAUGUCAUGCACAUGUGAUGCUCAAGUUCAUGCUCUACAGAGAUGACAACACUCCGUCAUUAGUUGUCUUAGUCAUUUCAUCUGUCCGUUAGGAAAUCGGCUGCAGAUUCUCCUGUGUCACAGCCUUGACUGAAGAGAACUGUCCAGAGAAAGCAUUCUGAGGGGAUUUCACUAUGAGAUUUUGUGUCUUGAGAUGGUAGAUGCUCCCCAUGUCCUUUUAUGGUCUUGAAUAGGCACACAGACACAUGUUGGCUGAAAGAGUCAUCUAGUGGCCAACAUAGUAUAGGAUCGACCUUGACAAGAGCUUAACCUACAAAGACCCAAAUUUUCAUGGCUAUACUUGUUUUGAAAAGGUUAUUAAAUUCUGUGACUGACUCCCUAAUAUGUGUCCAAAGCCAGGCACAGAGUGUAGGACACUUCAUGUCACUAAAUCUGCAUGAAGAGAAUUCUGCUUAAUGAAAAAAUUUUCAUUUUUCUUGUGGGUUUGGGUUUGUUUGCAUUGAGGUUUUAUUUUUAUUUUGAUGUUUUGUUAUUUUUUGGCUCUCUCUUUUGUUCUUUAAUUUGAUAUAUCGCUAAGGAUAUACAUUGUAUUUACUGAAUGACUUGUUUAAGCUCCUAUUGAGUCAAAUAACUGUAUUUUCAUGAAUAAAAAAGUAAUUUCAAAAAAAAGAAAAGAAAAUGAGGUAAUAAGCCAUAAGCCACACAGUAGAAUGUAGAUAAGAAAUGUGGAUUAAUUUAGGUUGUAAGAGCUAGUUAGUAACAAGUCUAAGCUGUUGACCAAUCUUU